UGUUAUUGUAAAUAUUUUGUCAACAAAUGAAAUUUUGUGUUUUUAGUGGCAUAUCUUCUUAGUUUUACCACAAUAAAUAUGAAAAAAACUGAAUACUUUACACCGCAAUCAUCGGAUCACGUAGGCUAUACAGAAAAUUGUGAUAAUAAUGAUGGAAGGUCGGAAAAUGGUGAAUUCGAUUAUGAAUAUGAAGAUGAUGAUACUUGUACACCUUUGGAAUUGGAGAAAUUAUUCACACAUAAAUACAAAAUACAUGACGAACCAGGCGUAGCGUUUGACAGCAGUUAUGUAUUAAGCUUGGCAAAAGAUGAUUCUUUUACAUGCGUAGCAGCUGGCCUGUCAGAUGGAUCGGUGCGCAUGUUUCAGACCGGUUCUGAAAAUGGUGUAUAUAUAAGAGCUCCAAUAUCAACUAAAAAAAAUCAAGCCCUAACCAUAUGUGGUGUACGUUUUUUGGACGAAACACCAAAUUUAUUAAUGGUCGGAACAACUAAUGGUCUUGUACGUCUCUUGGAUUUGCGAACACGAAAUGAAGUGAUUCGUUUUGAGAACGUUCCUGUAGAUACAAAUUUUCCCUCAGAUAUUCUAUCCUUUGAUCGUAAUUCAAAUGGUCGAUUACUAUCCAUGGGAACUACGAAACGUCAGGAACAUGUAUUUAUAUUAUUUUAUGAUUUACGAACAUCUAAUCAGUUAUUUAAAUACACGGAGAGUCAUGAAGACGAUAUAACCUCUUUACGUUUUCAUCCAAAUAAACCUGAUUUUUUAUGUUCCGGAUCCAUAGACGGUUUGAUAAAUAUUUUUGAUAUCAAAGCAAAUAGCGAGGAAGAUGCUAUUUUGAGCAUAAUGAAUACUGAAAGCUCUGUGCAAAAGAUUAAUUGGCAUACAAAUAACAAAGGCCAUGAUGUAGUGUCCUGUAUAACUGAUACAAACGAUUUUAAAGCUUAUGAAUUUGAUGGAGAUCUAAUUGCGGAUUUCGAUCGAUUGAAAAUAACUGAAAUAAUUAAACGUCAAAACGAAGCAAAUUGUAAUUUAAUUGAUUGUCACAGAACUAUCGAUAAUGAUAUGAUGUUGCUUACCGGAUCCAACUUAAACAAUGGGUCAACUUUACGCUCCUGCACGUUAACAAAUGGGAAAUUAAUACCGCAUACGAAUUUUGAAGGCAAUACUCAAAUUGUUCGUGAAAGUAUAUACGAUGCCAAGACGAAUAUUUUUAUAACUGCGGGGGAAAGAGGUUUUGUAACAAUAUGGACUCCACUAACAUGGAAUGAAACAAAAACGAGCAGUCCUACUAUAGAUAGUUCUCCUUCGGGUAGUUCAAAAAUUAAAUCACAGCCAAAGUCAAAUAAAUUUACACCUUAUUAGAAUAAA